AUGGAAUAUAGUCCACGUGCGGCAUAUGAUCCCUAUGGCUACUAUUACGGCCAUCAAAGUCAACCCCCCCAUAACUCCAGCCAGUUCAUGCAAGACUUUCAUGGACGAUCAUCAUCUGGUGUUUAUGAACCCUCAACCAUCUACCCUGAGGGUUCCUUCUCUCAACUUAAAUCAUAUGCCAGUGGUGAACUAAGUGGUGUUCCAUCUGUAACUGAUGAUGCUCCCGGUGAGGCUCCACAGCGUAUGACCCCAGUUCAGUUUGGCAGACCUCAUAUUAGUGCUUCCUUCACACGUGGUGGCCAGCUCCUGAUGGUGUUGCCUAAGGAUCCCAGAGAAGGAGAAAAGGCUGUUGUACAGCUUCGUGAUGUGCAGAAAAUGCUAUGUUUAGAUCCAGUGCUAAAGGAGACGAUACAGCAGAUGAAGAAUUAUCCAGGACCCCUCACAUUAGCUGAUACACAUAAAGAAGUUGUUGUAAAAUAUUGUUACAAUCAAGUGGCUGAGGCAGCAGACAACCCUAGCUUAAAUGAUCGUGACUCUGUUGUACUAAUUUGGGAAUAUUUAGCACUACUUGUAAAGCAAAAUGGCAAAUUAUUUGGAAGCGAUAUAGCAAGUCUGCUGUUGAAGGGAAGAGAAAUCAGCUCACAGACCCAGCAGGUGACUCCUAAUACAACUCCAGAUGAAAUUCCAAACACUCCUGCCUCAGAUUCAAGUCCUCAAGAUGAAGGUAUUGAUAUUCACUCUCAGACAAGUCCACCAACAGCUGUAAAGGAUGAAUCUUUGCUUUUGAAAAAGUUCUGUGAAUAUCUUUGCUUAGGAAGGAAAAGAGAAGCUGUUGAUUAUGCAAUGAGAGAAGGUUUAUGGGGCCAUGCUCUGGCUCUGUCUUACAAAAUGGAUGGAACAACCCAUACCCGUGUAUUAGCUGCCUUCUCCAACUCAAUACCUCAAACAGAUGUAUUGCAAACUCUCUUCCAGCAGUUGUCUGGAAAGAGACCAGAAAUUACAAAGAGUUACAACAUACAGCAAUGGGGUGACUGGCGGCAACAUCUAGCAGUGAUGGUAUCCAAUCCAACUGGCCACACUCAACGAGACCGGGCUUCUAUCGUGGCUUUAGGAGACACCUUGGCAUCCAGGGGACAACUUCAUGCAGCACACUUCUGCUAUCUGGUAGCUGAAGCAGAAUGGGGAACCUACUCAAACAAGUCCUCACAGCUUGUGCUGAUUGGCUCAUCACACAAUCUGCCUUUCCAGGCAUUUUCCACCAAUGAAGCUAUACAGUGCACUGAAGUGUAUGAAUUUGCAAGAUCUUUAGAUAGCAGCAACCCAGCGCUGGAGACCUUCCAGUCAUAUAAACUGAUAUAUGCUUUGAGAUUGACAGAAUAUGGAUUCCCAUCAGAGGCUUUGAGAUAUUGUGAGGUAAUAAGUCAGCUUGUUAGCAAAGCGUCCAUGUCCUAUCCAGUAGAAUUCCUUUCCCAAGUGUAUGAGCUUGCAUCUCGGCUGAAGUAUCAUGAUCUGCAUUACCAUAUGUGUGAAGGCGAGUUGUUAGAAAUGCCAGAUCCAAAAUGGUUAAGUCAUCUUCAUGAACUUCUUGAAACAACCAAACACAAGGAAAAAAUCAACAUUACAGAAGUUGAUCAAGAUUAUGCUGAAACUAGUGUCAGUCAGAAUAUUUUGGUUGACAAUUACUACCACCAGGCUUCCUCUGCCAGUGUAGAAGGAAAUGAACUCCAGGGCACCUGUCACCAAGACAUAAUUACUGAUGAAUAUCAUCAAGGAUCUCAUGGAUCAUAUCAUGGUCAUGUUACUACUGUAGAUACAAUGGAUGGAGGACAACAAAACUGUCUCCCACCUUUAUCUCAGCCAAGCACAGAUGGUUUAGAAAUGCCAUCCAAGCAAAAUGAAGUGCAUCAGCUAAGUGAUAGGACAUCACAACCCACGGAGAGUACAACUCCCCAGAUUCCAAUGAUGCAGCCCCCUCAAGACCAGUCAGGUUAUGUACCAUAUGAUACAACCUAUUGGUCUGGUUACCAGCAAAUGGAUCCUCACAUGACCCCUUUCACACAAGCAGAGCCAGCAAAAGAGAUAAGCAGUCUCCCUCCAUCUUCUGAUGUGAAUGGAGACCACUUGUCCAGUGGUGUAACCUCAUUCUCCCAACCAAGUAGCAUAAGUAGCUAUACUGCAUACCAACAGCCAUCAUAUCAACCAUGGGAACAACCACAGGAAACUCCCACCAUGUCUCUAGAACCUGAUGAGCCCCAGGUAAACUCUCCUCAAGCAAAUCAAGAGGAGGAGCUGCAUUUCUCAGAUGGGCCUGGUAAAAAGGGUGACAAAAACAAGGAGAGAGUGGAAAGCAAGAUUGAAAGUCACGGAGCAUCUGCAGAGCAGACACCUAAAUUUGAAAAUAAAAUCAAGAGAGUAUCCUUCAAGUCUCGGGCUGAGCUGAAGGAUGAUAGUAAAAAUAAUGAAGAACAGAAGACUUCCUCCAUGCAGCAGACUCAUUAUGGUGUUGAGGCUAAACCUAGGCCCAGUGCUGUUCAUCCCUGUGUUAGUAUGGCAUCAAGACAUAGGCAGUUAGAACAGAAUGGAUUUUCAUUACAUUCAGUGCAACAUUUCCCUGGUAGAGUUACCACUAUGGAAAUAAUGGCUGCACUACCUGCUAACCAUCCUGAACGUGUCCUACCCCCAUCACAGCUUCCACACUCUUUCAGUUCUCCUCUGCUCCCCAUGUCUUGCAGAAUGAGAAUUCCUUCAAAUCCCAUAGUUUUUGGUGGUUCAUAUCCUAUUGAUGAUCCAAUAUCUCCUCGGCAGCUAGGUUCUGGUAAUAUCAUGCCUAAGACUGCACUUCCUACCCCACACACAUACCAGGUAGAUACAAUAUGUUGCCAAGCUCCUAACCUUUGUGAUGAACAUGCUAGAUUAGGAAGGGACACAGAAAUAGCAAGAGCUGAAGCACGCAUGCAAGUUGCACAGUGUGUUGAUAAGGGUGAUGAUGAUGAUAAUGAUGAUGAUGAUGAUGAUGAUGAUGAAAGUGAUGAAGAGCCAGCAACUCAUUCUAGUAGUCCUGCACCAGUUGCAUCUGUUCAUAAUAGUUCUGAUUGUGUGUCUGAACGUGUCUAUCAUCCUUAUCAAUCACACAAUGCAAACAUUGGUGACUGCCAGAGCUGCACUCAUAGUCAAGGCAAUGAUCCUCCUUCAUACUCGGCUGUUAUCACUUACCCUGUUAAUCAUAAUGUAGAAGAUGGUUUCAUUCCACUAAUAGCAGAUGAUGGUGAUGAUUAUGACUACCAGGAUGAGGAAUAUGAUGAGUUUGGAGGAGAUGUGUAUGAGUAUGAAGAUGAAGAUAAAGUGACACUACCAGAACCUGACCAUGAGACUGGCUAUCAAUUGCGUCAUAGACAUCUAAAUUCUUCAGUAAGUAGCACAGUUGUGUCAAGUGUCAACAGAAUUAGUCCUUCAAAGCCAGCUCUACAACUUCCAACAACAUUACAACUACCAUCUUCAUCACAGCCAUCAUUGUCAGAUGAAGGGACAGAGAUAAAUUCAAUCAAGUCUUUAGGAUGUCCAUCAGCUGAACCAGCAGGACCUGCAUCACAAACUGUUUUAACCACUCCUCCUCUGUUCCAACCACCUCCUCAUUCAACACAACAAAUGUCGAGUCCACCUCCACUGGGCCCUAACAAUCAUGUGACUCAGGUAUUAAUGGGCCCUGUGCACGACAUUAAUCCACAAGUUAUUUAAUUUGUAGUUGAUCCA